AGUUUCGAUGAUUCGAUAUUAGUUGUAUUCGACACAUCGAUGCCUUGCGAUGCUUAAAACUGCAUCAGUAAUAUGAACAAGUUCAGUGAUAUGUUUGCGAUAAUAUUUAGUAGCUGACAUUAACAUAAUUAAUUUAAAAUGUUGUGCAAUAUAGAAUUUUGAUAUGAAAUAAGAAUAAGCAGAAAUGCAAGACCUUUGCGAAAAUAUUCGUACAGCUAUUGAACAUGGACGAACCGAUAUAAUUAGAUCUCUUUUAGAUGCGUGUGAAAAUGGUAAUUCAGCCGAAGGUAUAACUAAAGAAAAGAUUCUUAAUCAACCGCUUUUAGAAGAAGGUACUUUCCUUUCAUAUGCGUCAAAGGCAAAUCAGCCAGAUAUUGUAAGGACAUUGUUAAGCUGUGGUGCUAAUCCAGCUAUUCAAAACAGUAAUGGAUGUAAUGCUGUAGAUGUUGCGUCAAGUGAUGUAAUACGCCGUACUUACAUUGAAGAAUUAUUAAGAGCAACUGCUGCAUCCGAGACAGACAGGGUGAUACAACUAUUAGAUGCAGGAUUAAAUGUAAAUUCAUGGGAUUCCCAUGGGAGUAAAAAUACACCUUUACAUUGGGCAGCCUGUUAUGGGAACAAAGAUAUUGUCACCUGUUUAAUCGAUAGAGGUGCAGAUGUAAAUGCUGUAAAUGGAUGUGGUGCUACACCAUUACAUGAUGCAGUAGAUCGUGGUGAUGUUGCUGUUUGUCAAGAAUUGCUACAAGCAGGUGCAAAUCCUCUUGUACGAGCAACUAAAGGAACUUUUGCUGGGAAAACUCCAUAUGAUCUUUCACGAGGAAAACAAUCUUUGCACUGUUUUCUUCAAAGAUUUUUAUCAAACUUUGUAUCGAAUGAAACUGAAACAGUACAUAAUCCAACUACAUUUACAGAAGGCAAUUUUUGCCAGAAAAGUAUUUCAAGUAAUAUGAGUCAGCUUUCUAUUGAAUCUGGUAAAUCAUUAGAUCCAGUAUAUGAGGUACCUCUACGUGAAUCAGGCAAAGAUAGUCCAACUAAAAAUACAGAGAAAGAUGGAAUUUAUAGUUUACUUUGGCCGCAGCCGAAAACCGUUGUUGAAUUAAAAAAUGUUUCUGCACCCUUUAUUGCUGGAAAGGAAUUAUUUAUAUCUAUAAUACAGGGUAGUGAAUCCAUACAUAAAAUGCUAGAUGUUUGGGAAAUUAGCAGAACUCAUUUAUUAGAGUUGGGUUAUGAUGUAAAAAUUGGUGAAGUGCAUCCUAGUUCCGGGAAAUUAUUUAGUGAAAACAGAAUUGAAUGCAUAGUAAAUGAAAAAUUAUUCAACAUACCUGAGGGAUAUCAGUUACAUAUUUCACAAAACACUAUUAAAGUUGGUGCUGGAAGUUUAGCUGGACUACAUUAUGCAGUUUGUACUUUUGUACAAAUUUUGCGAUUAAGUAAAAUUCAUAAUCGAUCCGAGGCAUGUGAAAUUGAACCUGUUUUUAUAAAAGACGAACCUCGGUUCACUCAUCGCGGUAUAUUGUUAGACAUUUCACCUAGAGGACGUAUCCCUACUUUAGAAUAUUUGCUACACAUGAUUGAUUUAUGGUCAUCUUUUAAAAUAUCAUAUCUACAUUUGUAUUCAAGACUUAGUCCAAACUGCGAUUGGCAACUUUGCUAUUCAAAGUCAGAGAUGGUUACACUCGACCGUUAUUGCAGAGAUCGACAUUUGGAUUUAGUUCCGACUCUAGAUGUUGAUUCAAAUGUGGGACAACAUCACUUAUCACAAAUGUGGCCUAUAUUUCAAGAGUUAUUAGCAGUAUUUCCAAGUUUAAGUUAUGUUCAUGUCGGACCGAGAUUAGCCAAUUUGCUUGUUCAGGCAGAUAAUUUUGAUCUCAAUUUGUCCGUAAAUGAAACUAUAGAAACAGAUAUGUCAGAAGUGUUUAAAUCGUACUCUUGUCUUCAAGAGUUAUGGCAUAUUUUAAAUUUAUGCCCAAGUACAACUUUAUUGUUAUGUUCAAAUGGUUUACAUUCCAAAGUAGAAUUUCAUAAUAUACCUAAUAACAUUAUUCUUGUUGAAUAUGGAUUCCAGGCGGACUAUGAUUUUUCUGAGUGGACAGAAGCGUUUAGAAUAGCAGGUGGUAAUGUUUUACCAAGUUCUGGAACAGCAAGUUAUAACAGUUUAGCGGGAUGUCCACCAUCAACUUAUGCAAAUACGAAAAAUGCAAUAAAAACCUCCCUUGAACAGGAUUCAAUUGGUUUAGUCGUAGCACACUGGUCUGGAAGUCAUCAUCUUACUCCCCAUCCUUUUGCUUGGAUUGGAUAUUUAAUAGCAGCGGGACUAGCAUGGAAUCCAGUCAGUGAAAUAGAUAUGGGAGUUGACGAUAAUUACGAUAUGCCUGAAGCUUUUGCAUCAAGGCAAAAAUGUAUCACAAAACUGCUUGAUAUUCAUGUUUUUCAAGAUUCAGAAUAUAAAAUCGGUAACGCAAUAUUAGAGUUGGGUCGUUUAGAUACUUUAGUACUUACUUUGAGUAAGAAUCAAACAGCAAAAGAUUUACAACAAAUUCCUGAUAAUCGAGGAUCCACAUUGUAUAGAUUACUGACAGAUCCGGAUAAUGUUAAUUUGGAAUAUCUUUCAGCAGAUUUGUUUGCAAAAGUGACGAAACAAGUUAAACGUAUUUCGCAUUCGUUGUACGAAGCUAAUUUAUCAUCGAAAUUUGGAUCGAUGGAAAUACAAGAACUUCAGUUGACUGCUGACAUAAUGUUAACAGCUUGUAAAAUCGGCAGAACAUUAAUUGGCGUUGGUGUUAAUCCUAAUAGCAACAUGGGUCUUGCAGUAAUCAACUUGGGAAUAUGUAAUCUACCACCUACAUUUAGAACUGAUGUAGCAAAUAAGAUGUUAGCUCAUAUAGAGCAGUAUAAAGUAAUUUUUAACACUUGUAUGAAUGUGAUUAAUUCUCAAGGUCUAAAGAAACAAACUUAAUAAGAAAUUGUUUAUGAUAAUAUACAAUAUGAAGAAUAAUAAUUACAAUCAAAAAGUUCAUUUUU